AUGAGUGUUGGAGAAAUAGUUAAAGUUGCUGUCAAUACACCAUGUAGUGAAAAAUAUUGUACGUUUUAUAAAGGAAAUGAUGCAAAGUUAGUGUUUGAUUUUAAAUUGAAAAAAAAAGCACUUCGUGUUCGUGCAAAAGUGAUGGCAACAAUUGGAACAAUUGAUCAUGAUUUUCAAUUACCAAAUUCUGAUGCAUGUACACUAUUAGGAUGUCCAUUAGCUCCAAAUUUUAAAUAUACAUAUCAAAAUAGCAUAUCUAUUAUUUUAAUUGAAGGCAUUGUUACUGAAUAUAAUUCUCGUUUCAAACCACCAAAGAAAGAAGAUUAUGUUCCACAUGUAACUCUUCCGCAUCUUUCGAGUAGGCCACCUUCACGUACAAAAUCUUAUCAAGAUAAAUCAGUAAAUUCAGAAUAUCGACUCUGUUUUCCGAAUCAUUUUCCAAAACGACCAUAUGUUUACCAUGCACAACCGAGUAGAGUAUUUGAGGCAGAAACUAAUGAUUGUCUAACAUCAACAGAAUAUCGUGAGCGUUUUCCAAAUUAUAGAAAAUUUAUUCCAUAUAGUGAACUGCUUCCACCACAUCUUUCUCAAUCAAUUAAUAUACCAUCGGCAACAAAACAGAAAAAAGACACAAUGUCAAGAAGUCGAUAUUUUCAUGAAUUAAUAACAGACGCAAAAGCAAAUUCAUUAUCAUCGUUAACCGAUACCAGUGAACAACGAACUGCAUACCAAUGGCGUCCUCCUCCUCCAAAACAACAACAACAUGAGCCAAAAUCGUAUGAUGUUUCAACUUCUUCGGCACUGAAUUACUAUGAAAAACUACCAUCAAUUAGAGCAAAAGCAAAUGCUUCAAAAUAA